AUGCUCUUCACAAACGCCAUCGUCGCUCUCGCUCUCAGUGUUUCUAUCAACGCCAUGCCCCAGCCGUACCCAAACAAAUGCGGCGACCAAGUUUGCCCUGCUGACAAGCCAAAAUGCUGCGAAGUCAUUGUCAAUGGAGUUGCCGAACUUGGUUGUUUCCAGGAAUGUCCUGCUCCAACUUCAGCUAAAGCAAUUUUGGGACGACGCGAAGAACCAGUGGCUGCCGUUGCGGCAUCCCCUCCUAUUGCUACCUUUGGCCCCAAGUGUGGAGACUCUUUCUUCUGUCCCGUCGGAAAAGUCUGCUGCCCUGAUGCGCUUUACACAUGCGCCGACCCUGACAAGGUCAGCGAGCAGUGUCCCAAAGUCCCCUCCGCAUAG